AUGUUGAAAUUUUUAUUCAUUUUUGUAUUUUUAAGUAUAUUGUUACAAAUAUUCUCAUUUCCUUUUAUGGAUGCUGAUCCUGAGGAUUUAAUUGAUAUUUCACAUUUGGGUUCGGCAGCUUUUGGUAAACCUGAUGAAAAUACCGGUGAAAUUUUAGAUAAAUGGCAUCCAGAAACAAAUGAUAGUAAUGCAGAGGAAGUUGGAAAUUAUUUUGAGGGUGACAUAUUGAUACCAAAACCUUUAUCAAGAAAUGGAAUUGGUGCCGAAUCAGCACGAUGGCCGGGUGGGAAAAUUCCAUAUGAAAUAAAGGGAUAUUAUAGCGCGAAAGAUAUGAGUAUGAUUCAAGCAGCAAUGAAUGAUUAUCAUACAAUGACUUGUAUUCAAUUUGUACCAAGAACAUCUAAUGAUAAGGAUUAUAUAAGUAUAACAAGUGGUAAUACAGGAUGUUGGAGUUCUGUAGGACGUAUUGGUGGACGACAAGAACUUAAUUUACAAUCACCAGGAUGCACGUAUAAAAAAGGCACUAUUAUUCACGAAUUCAUGCAUGCUGUUGGAUUCUUUCAUGAACAAAAUCGAUAUGAACGUGAUAAUCAUGUCACUAUUAAAUGGAAUAAUAUAAUAAAGGGUCGUGAAAACAAUUUCCAAAAAUCUAAGAAAGAAGAUACUAAGAAUUUUGAUGUACCCUACGAUUAUCGAAGUGUUAUGCAUUAUUCAGCAAAUGCCUUUUCUUCAAAUAAUCAACCAACUAUUGUUACUAAGAUUAGAGGUGUUGAACUUGGCCAACGUGAAGGUUUCAGUCGCCAUGAUGUAUUGAAGAUUAAACGAAUGUAUAAUUGCACUAACUAA